GUAAUGAGUGCGGGGCAAUAGAUAACGGUUGGAUUCCAUCGGCCGAUGCUGACUUUGAAAUCCCUCAACGGCUACCGCACGGAUAGUGAGAGCCGGUCAAGUCGAGAUAUUCCCAAGUGCCUCGCUGAAGUUGUUAGGUGGAGAGGCAAGGGUAAGGGUAAGGCUAAACAAUUCCAGCUUUGCCGACGACAAGUUCUGGCCGACCCAACUGCCGCCAUUGGUCCCAAGAGAGUUGCGAGGUUGCAUCCCAGAGGGGUGCUUAUCGGCCAGACUGACCCGAAGGUGUUCUAG